GAGCUGAGCUGAGCUGCCACCAUGUUUCGGAUCACGAAUAUCUACGUUCUCGCCGCCUUUGGCACCAUCGGCGGUGCUCUCUUCGGUUUCGAUGUCAGUUCCAUGAGUGCCUGGAUCGGCACGCCGCAGUACCUCGAAUACUUCAACCAUCCCGACUCGAAUCUGCAGGGUGGUAUUACCGCAUCCAUGUCUGCCGGCUCCUUCGCCGGUGCCAUCGGUGCCGGUUGGCUAUCUGACCACCUCGGUCGGCGCAUGUCCCUCAUGGUAGCCUGUUUGAUCUGGAUCAUCGGAGCAGUUAUUCAGUGUAGUGCGCAUAGCGUGGCGCAUCUAGUGGCCGGCCGUGUCAUCAGCGGUCUUUCCGUCGGUGUCACCUCGUCCCAGGUCUGCGUCUACCUCGCCGAGUUGGCCCCCGCCCGUAUUCGCGGUCGCAUCGUUGGUAUCCAACAAUGGGCUAUCGAGUGGGGUAUCCUCAUCAUGUACUUGAUUUCCUACGGCUGUGGACAGGGCAUUUCUGGUGCCGCGUCGUUCCGUGUUGCUUGGGGUAUCCAGGCCGUCCCGGGUCUGGUCCUGCUAGUUGCGUUGCUGUUUUUCCCUGAGUCGCCGCGUUGGUUGGCUGGAAAGGAGCGCUGGGAGGAGGCUCACGAUACCCUUGCCAUGCUGCAUGGUGGCGGCGACCGCAACGACCCCGUCGUGCAGGUCGAGUUCGAGGAGGUCAAGGAGGCCGUCCGCGUGGCGCACGAGUCGAAGGACGUUACCUUCCUGGCUCUCUUCGGGCCGAAGAUGUGGCAGCGAACCCUGUGUGGUGUCAGCGUGCAGGUCUGGCAGCAGCUUCUGGGAGGAAACGUCGCCAUGUACUACGUCGUGUACAUUUUCCAGAUGGCCAAUAUGUCCGGUGACACGGCCCUCUACUCCUCCAUCAUCCAAUACGUUAUCUUCCUGGUCACCACCGGCGUCAUCCUCCCCUUCAUCGACCGUAUGGGUCGUCGACCCCUCCUCCUCACCGGAUCCAUCGCCUGCAUGGCCCUCCACUUCGCCACGGCCGGCACCAUGGCCACGUACGGCAACCCCGUCGACUCGAUUGACGGCAACGAGAACCUGCGCUGGCAGAUCCAAGGCGCCCCCGGAAAGGCUGUCAUCGCGCUGUCCUACAUCUUCACCGGUGUUUACGGUUUCACCUGGGCCCCCGCCGCAUGGGUCUACGCCUCGGAAGUCUUCCCGUUGAAAUACCGCGCCAAGGGCGUUGGUCUCUCCGCCGCCGGAAACUGGAUCUUCAACUUCGCACUGGCGUACUUCGUCGCGCCCGCCUUCACCAACAUCAAAUGGAAGACGUACAUCAUCUUCGGCGUCUUCUGCACCGUGAUGACCUUCCACGUGUUCUUCCUGUAUCCGGAGACAUCGCAGCGCUCGCUCGAGGAUAUUGACUUGAUGUUCGAGUCGAAUGUCAAGGCGUGGCGGUCCUCUGAGGUGAAGGAUAAGUUUGGGGAGGAGAUUGAGCGCCAUCGGAAGCAGAGUGUUGCUGAGGAGAAGGCUGCUGAGGCGUCGCAUCAGGAGAUGGCGUGAUUUGCCUUGCGAUUGAAUGUUCGAGAUGAGUGAUGAUGUGAAG